CGCCCCCUGAACUCCCGGCUUCGACUCUAUCGAUAAGCCCACCACCACGACCCGACCAUCUCUCGUGCCAGUCACCGCUGCCAAAGUGCCUCCCCACGCUCCUCCCGCCGCCCCCCACCCCGCCCAGCCAUGGCAGCAGCUUGACUUCCCGGCACCGCCGCGAGACUCCCCUCAUGGCGCCGCGAUGAUCAAGCGCAACCAGCACCUCUCGUCGCCCCCGCGGCCGGCUUACUCGUCUCCGCCUGUGUCACCUACCGUCACCCAAGUCUCUUCUAGAAGUCCCACGCCCUCGCCUCCUGACCUCCAUGACCCUACUUCUCGCGAAGCCGCGCGCCGGUCUCCCAGCCCCGUCUCGCCCUCCUCUCAGGCCUCGAAGAUGGGAAGUCGGUUGGGUGCUGGCGACCAUGAGAAACCUCAGCUAGCUGCUGCUGUGCGCCCGUCCAUGCCCUCGUCUGCCUCCGCCCCCGCCGGCCGUCUGCCGCGACUCCUCCUGCAGGACAUCUCCCACUACACCGACUCCUCGUUCCACCCCGACAUCGUCUCCACCUCCUCGACCUCUCUCGCCGAGCUCGCACACCUGGUGAAGCUGCAACGGUACCAGGAGCAGCGCCGAUGCCUGGCGCGCGUCCGCCUCCACCGAUGGCUCGUUGCUAGCGCUCUUUCCACGCGUCUGGUACACUGCGGAGAGCUUGUCCACCGGACCCUGGUCGACCACUUCCGCUCCGACGAGAAGAAGAGCUUCGCGACGCUCUACAACGCGCUCCACGAUGUCCGCAACUCCUGUGACGCGACCCGGCGUUAUGCCUUGCUGGAGCCCGACCUGGAGUGGAAUGGCCAGUCGAAAAGUUCGAGGAAUGAGCGCAUUCAUUCUUUUUCUACUUUUAUGCAUGAGAUACCCCACAAAAUCCGGGACGAACUGUUGGAGUUUCUUUCCGAGUUGCGCACUAACCCUGACUUCCUUGCAAGCCGUAUUACCAGUCUUUCCCAACAAGAGCUAGCCCAGUUGACUACUUUCCGUCAAGCCUUGGACCCCAUAGACUCGGUCAUGGCCCUCCAAGCCCGAGGCAAAUCCGUUGGAGGCACGCAGAAAUCCCAGAGCCAACAAGGCCCCUCGGCAGUAGAGCGCCUACUGUCUUUUCAGCGCCAUGACCCUCUUUCUGCUCUCAUAUACACCAUUUUUGCAAACUCUUCCGGCCCGGACUCGGCCGAGGAUCUCCGCCGGACGGACAUUUGGGCCACAACCUGUGCCAGACUCAUCACCGAGGGAAAGCCCGGUAGUGACAAGUUCAUCAAGAGCGUCUUGGAUGCCUGGGCUGGUAUGCGGGAGUGGCCCGGGAAGCACAACCUGGAGCUCUACCUCAUGCAGAUCCUUCAGGACGGCCAGUUCCUCCUUGACAAGCCCGAGGAGCAGCGCCCGACUCAAAGGGGCCAGCAGGAAACUCGGAGUACCAAAGAUACGAUUGCGUCCGAUGAGUUCUACGAGAGAUCCGUCAAGAGGCUGUUCGAGGUGAUUGAUGACGAGCCCAGUGCAGGCGGCAUCCCGGAGGGUAUUCUUGAGAUUGGUAUGGCCAUCUUAAAGAAACUUGAAGACUCACGGAAACAUCGCAAGGCUGCCGAGACUUUCAUUGUCUCCAGAUGGUUCUUCUCCACCUACUUGCUUAAUGCCAUCAUCCACCCCGAGAGUCAAGGCAUCAUGACUGGCCACCAUAUCACCGAACACGCCCGGCAACGGAUCUUGAAGGAGAUUGCUAUUCGUGCCCAGAAGCAGGUUCUGGACAUGACCUACAACUGGAAGCAAGCCGUCCCCAUCCUUCCAGAGAUUCGCACGCACAUUGAGAGCAUCAUUUCAAGAUUCAAAAGUUCUCGUGGCCACCAUAAACCUGUUCUCCUUCCGGCCAAAGCUAUCACUUCUCCCCGAGAGACUGUGGAGGUCCAGCCUUUCCUUGUCGUUUGCCCUUCGGACAUUGUCACUCUUGUCAACACACUCUUCCCUGAGCGUCGCCCGUCGUCGAGUCAUAGCAACACUGAAGGAUCUCAUAGGGGCCUGGCAUCCGGAGCCUCCUCAAUAUCUGGCGUGUCCAUGCCCUUCCGUAACCCUUCCAUCUCUGGCGAUGCUAGCUCCAUUCUAAGUAUCAGCGCUUCGUCCGUCACCAGCGAUACCACUUCUAGGGAGCCGCUUCUUGAAGCACGGAUGGCCGAUGCGCGGGGUUCCUUGACGCCAAACGAUGACUACCGCGAGCGGAGUGCGAAGGUCGCACCUACCGAGGAUUAUGGUCGCAAACUCCGGAUGACAUGUUCUGAGAUGUCUCGCAUCCUCGGCACUGCCGCCAGCUCGGGGUCUUGCCAUCCAUGUGCCGAGAGAUGGGCCGUGCUCUUCGUUUCGUCCGACGGCAAGGAGCUUAGGACUCGUAUGCGAAAGGAUACCGAAAUGGAAGACGAUCCCGAAGAGGACUCCACUGAAAGCGAUAGCGAAGACGAAGGAUUCGGUGAAGGAAUGGACCUGGAGAAUGACUACCAUCAGCUGAAGGAGGCCAUCAUCAAGUUGGUGGAGGAAUAUGAGAUUCCAAAAGAGCUUGCGCCGGAGAGCGAGUCGAAAGGUUUCAGCAACCGCACCUCGACUCACCGUCGCGACUCCAGAAUUCAGGGCCCAGUCAAGAAGGCCUCGGUCCAGUUCGGUGAUAAGAAUCCUUUCGCGAGUCAGAGCCAGCUUGCUACUAUGCUGUCAAACCAGAGGGCCACACCUCCCGGAAGGCAUCGACAUGCAAGAAGCAACUCGAGCUCUGACCUUAAGGACCCAGCAAUGGAGAAGCCCUCGGUGCUUACCACCAUGCUAGAAGCGGCAAUGCACCAAUGUCAAGCCAGAGCGGAUUUUGUCAACGCACAUCUGUACUUCAAAACAUUACAGCACUUGCGGAGACUCUCUUCACCCUCGCUGAUACGGAAUGGCUAUUCUGCUCUGCUCAACUACUUCGGCCGUGGUCCUCGCGAUUCGCUCGCCAAGUCAUCGAGUGCAAUCGAGGAGUUUGAAGCGUGGUUCGUCUGGCUGAAGCAGUCCCAAGAGCGUCACGACACAAUCAUUGAAGACAUGACAAUGUCUAUGAAGAGCUUGAGGGACAAGAUGUGGUACAUCACCGACGUUCGUAACUCCGCUGGCUACGAAGAGGCCAAGAACGUCGCUCUCGCGCUCAAAAUUAUGGGCCAGCCGACCAAAACACCUGAUGGCAAGCCUAUUCAACCCCACAAGCCUCGCAGUUUGUCCAAAUCUGCGAACAACUUCCUUUUGAAAACGGAAGCUCAAGUCCUUGACCUCAUGGCGGCGCCACAGGACCACGGAGGUCCCAACAAGCUGGCUGACGAACAGUCUGACAUGACAAUGAAGUGGCUCAAGCAGUACGCUAUCGAGAGCUCUUUCUGCAAAGGCGAGGAGAGGAUACAUCGUUUCUGUCUCGAGAUUGACAAGUGUGUCAACAAGCUUGUUGGCGACGGCAUCCUCGAUGGUCCUGUACUUUGGUCCAGCGAGUUGUAUCGUCGCGACAAGGAAAUUCUCGAUAGUGGUCGGCAGAAGGGCGACCUGUUCCUCACCGGAGUUGGCACGUUGAGCAUUGCUGGGGAUGAGGAAUAUGAGACACAGCCAGGAAGACCCGGAUUGAGGAGCCUGGACUUUGCACAACGGCCCAGCAACAGCAGCUUGCGGUCCAUCCACCGUAAUGGCUCUCAGCAAAGCUUCGAUUCGGGCAACUGGAGUGCUCCUAGGCCUCUGGACCUCAUGGACUCUCAAGAUUAUUUCGGUGGCUCCAGCCCUGUCUUGUCGAUUGAUUCUAACACCACCUUCUGGUCGCCGUUCCAGACGCAACUCGCCACAUCACCCACCAGCACCAACAGUAUCCGUCCUCGAACGUCGUCUUCUUCUAGAGGCACUGUCAUGCUCAAGCAAUCUGCUACGGUCAACGAUGACAAGCGUCGCUUCUUACUCGACCUCAAGCAAACGCUAACCGGUCUUUUGCUUAGUGAUCUUGGAACUAUCGUCUUCAGUGGCGGUAGCGAGACUGAUGCCUGGUUUUCCAGCGAUCUUGGAGAAGAGUGCAUCCAGCGCAAGGAGGAAGAGGACAAGAGGCGCAAGAAGGCCGCGCGGAAGAAGAGCAUGCGAAACCUCAAGAGUGCUAAAGCGCAGCAUGAGCACCGUAGCAGUCCUCUUGAUACCCUUGGCCGUGGUGAGCGCAGUGGACCUGCAGCUCCAGUGGCUACAUACCACCACGCCGACAAAGAUCAUCAUUCCGCCAACGAGCACUCCAGCUCGGCUAGUGACGCCACGGCUCGUUCCUCCGGCAUGUCUGCCGCGAAAAAGGCCGGUCUUCUCGAAUUCCCUUUCAACAUUGCUUUCCGGCGCCUGUUGCGCAAGUUCGCCACUCACCCCAACCCGUUCUCCAAGCUCCACGCUCUCUACGAGCUUGAGCUCCUUAUCGUUGCCUCCCUUACCACCCGCUCAGGUCGUCAUUACAGCCGUCGCGAGACACUUCCCACUGUUCCCCAAUCGCCUACCCUUGGCUCGGUCCCCGAAUAUAGCUCACGCGAGCCAACUGCCGCUCAUCUUCAGGCUCAGAAUUUGGAGGAGGCCAUCGCCAAUUGCGAAGGGCGCCGUUCACAUUUUGAUCAAGUUAAUGGUCAUGGAAGAGACUCGCCCUUCCGAGGCGGCACGGGCACCCGCUCACCCACUGGACCACCCAGCACUGACAUGAUUGUCGAUGUACUGACCGGGCUGUUCCGUGAUGCAGACAUCCGUCCUAAGACACUCUUCCGAGACUUGCAGUAUAUUGCAUCGUUUGUGCCCGCAUCGAUGCUUGACAAGACCGCCCGUGGCAAAGCCUUCUGGGAUGCUGGCCUUGCUGCACUCGGACUCAAGCAAGACGUUUGUCGAGUCAUGGUUGAGAUUGCGGACGACAUUGUCGCGUUGAACACGCAAAACCGCUCCGCAGGCUUACACGCCAGCGCCACGUCAUCCCAAACUGAGUUGGAGAAGAACGGACCGUCAGCAACGACCACGACGCCCGACGAUCCGCUCAACAAAUUCACGAUGGAGGAUGCUGCGCGCAUGCUCAUCAUCACCGCAAAGGAGGGUGAUGCGGUCGCCGAGCGUGAGCUGGCAAUCUUCUAUCUUACCCAUCCCGACUUGCUACCGCGCACCAUCCUGCCAUUGACAAAGCCGCACGAUGUCUUCAAGGCGGAACUUUUGCAAAAGGACAGGAAGAGAGAGGACCCUGCCAGGUCCGACCCGGUCACAAUGUGCGUCGCACAGCACUGGAUGGAGAUGAGCAAGCGUGGAGGCGACCAAUUGGCAACGAAGUAUCUGAGGGCCAGGGACGAGAUGGAGCGAAUCCCGUAAAGCGUCCUGGCCCCAGAAGCCCCUACUACGCCGUUUUCUUUACGUUUUCAUCGCAUAGCGCCGGCUUUCAGCGAUUAUUUGUUCAACUUCUGCGGUGGCAUACAUUUCUUAGCGCGCAACAUUAACAUCCCUCCCGCCCCCAUCACUAUUCUCUUUCCCGCAACAAGAGCCCCCGCCAUAUUCGCUCGCGCAGUUUUUCUCAAACGUGUCUUUGUAUAUGUUUAGAGACGGGUACAACAUGGUUACGAUCUGGGCUACGUUGUGGUCGAUGCCGAUUAUGAGAUUUACUGGAGCUGGGGUUAACAUGCUUCCUUUGAAUAGGACGCUGAAUGCAUGUCACGAGUCUUCUUGGUUACGGCGCAGCAUCUUAUAGCUAUAUAUCCAACUAGUUUGAUACGACAUAUUUAUCUUUGACU